GCAGACCUCGUGACCAAAGCGGGCAAAACGGUGACCCAGCCCGGAACCAGUGACAGUCCAGUGGGCAAAGUGCCCUGAAGGGACCUAGUGGAGGGGCUGACUGGACUCGAACCUGGUAUUGCUGGACAAUGGCAGCAGCCAGGGCUAGCCUGGGCCGGAUCCGCCCAGAGUCCUCCAUCCUGUUCCUAUGUGACAUGCAGGAGAAGUUUCGUCCCAGCAUAGCCUACUUCCCACAGAUUGUGUCAGUGGCUGCUCGAAUGCUUAAGGUGGCCCGGCUGCUAGAUGUCCCCAUCUUGCUGACAGAGCAGUACCCACAAGGCCUGGGCCCCACAGUUCCUGAGCUGGGCGCUCAGGGCAUUAAGCCAGUGAGCAAGACUUGCUUCAGCAUGGUGCCCAGCUUACAGAAGGAGCUGGACAGGCGCUCCCAGCUGCAGUCUGUGCUGCUCUGUGGCAUCGAGACCCAAGCCUGCAUCUUGAACACGGUUCUGGACCUCCUUGACCGGGGACUGCAGGUCCAUGUGGUGGUGGACGCCUGCUCUUCUCGAAGCCAGAUUGACCGGCUGGUGGCACUGGGCCGUAUGAGACAGAGUGGAGCUUUCCUGUCCACCAGCGAAUCACUCAUUCUGCAGCUUGUGAGGGAUGCUGCCCACCCCCAGUUCAAGGAGAUUCAGAAGAUCAUUAAGGAGCCAGCCCCAGACAGCGGGCUGCUGGGUCUAUUCCAAGGUCAGAACCCCCUCUUGCUGAACUCCAGGCCCUGACUGAGAUGAGAGUGUUACUCUGUCAUUGGUGGAAGCGGCUGCCCUGUGGGAGGGGAGGGGUGUAAUGCCUCCUGGUGCAAGAGCUGGUCCUGGAAAAGCAAAAGAGACUCCUGGGUGCUGGAAGGGGUUGGGGACAGGAGGUUGACUGAAGAGGGGUGGAGGGGGAACUCUGCUUAGGUCUACCUCACGAGCAGAGGGCAAAGAAGUGUCACAGACUAGGACUCAUACUCUGAAUAAACAUUGAUGUGGCUGUGGACUGAAACAUUGUUGGGGUUUGCGGGGUGCUACUAGAGCGUGCAGGUAGAGAAGGAGAUGGGUCUUUGGAGGUUGAGGGGAGGGGAAUAUCUCUUCCCAGCCCCAAGCCGGGGCUAACGGAGGCCAUGUCUGCAUGGUAGGCAGUGUGUGUAUCUUGAAGAGUUUCUGGCUGACCCCACGUCUUAGGGUUUCAGCUGCUAAGACAAAGCACCAUGACCCAAAAGCAGGCUGGGGAGGAAAGGGACACUACCAGAUCAGUGUCCGUCAUUGGGGAAAGUCAGGACAGGAACUCAAGCAGAGCUGGAACCUGAAGGCAGAAGCUGAUGCAGAGGCCAUGGAGGGGCGCUGUUUACUGCCUUGCUUCCCAUGGCCUGCUCAGCCUACUUUCUUGUAGAACCCAGGACCGCCUGGCACCACCCACAAUGGGCUAUGACCUUCCACACUGACCACUAGUUGAGAAAAUGCCUUACAGCUGGAUCUCAUGGAGGCAUUUCCUCAACUGAGACUGUUUUCUCUCUGAGGACUCUAGCUUGUGUCAAGUUGACACACAAAGCCAGCCAUACAGCCCAUCCCAAAUAGUACUUGUGCCCAACCCUGCUGGCCCCUCUGACACAACAACUCGUACAUCCUGCAGGCCUCACAUCCAAGCUCUGCUACCCCGAGAGGGAGCUGGGCGCCGUGUUACCACGGUUGCAGAGGCCACUUAGAACCCACAUGACUAAACCAGGAAAAACAUUUCCCUAAACAGCCUUUCUCUGGAGAGCACCCACUCGGCUUUAUAGCAUCCUGUAGGCUUGCACUGAGGUGCCAGAGAAGAGCCUGGAAGACCAGGCAGUGUGUGUCAAGGACAGGUUUCCUUCAUGGAGCCCUUGCCUGGGCAGUCCAUGAAGCUGUGGAGGGGAAGCCUAAGUUGCAGUGGAGACAUCAGGGUGUUGGAGAUGGCCCUCGGAGAGACAGAUGCACUGUUCUUUUCAGGAGAAAGUCUUCCAAAUGAGUUUACCUUUUUAUACCCAUCACCACUCUUGGCAGGUAAAGUAAGGUUUCCUGGACCACAAGCACGCUGGUACUGGGGCAGUUCUGGUAACGAAGGAGACAGUGCCUAAGUGAUUACCGAGGCGGGGCGGGGCGGGGCGGGGCGGGGAGGGCGGAGCACACAGAGCAUGGAUACACAAGACACAGGUUUUCUUUUCCAACCGAGCAGUGGAUGCAUACUAUUUCGUACUGUUCAGAACGAUAUGGAAAUUAAAAUGAAUGCUCUAUUUCUGGAA